AUGAUGUCCCAGGUUCGCUACAGCCCCUCCACUGACCUUGGUCCAAUACUGACACCCUUCUCUGCGCAGCAUGCCGUGGAGCUCUGUACGCUCCUCAUCGAGGACCACUUCGGAGAGCUGUUCGCACUUGGUGUUUUCCAGCGCAUUUUCUCGACCCUACAACGCUAUGAACGGCUUUCUCUUCCUCGAUUAAAAUUCUAUUCUCGCCUAACUGACCGUCAGCUGCGCCAUGGCUUGACUGCCAUGAUUCAGCAUCAUCUCGUCUACUACUUCACCUCUCUCGAAGAUAACCAUACCUACUACGAAUCAAAUCCCCAUGCCGCAUACUACCUCGUACGCUCCGGGAAGAUUCUCAACUUGGUCGAAGAUCGGCUUGGAGAAUACGCGGCCCGAGUCAUGGAGGCAAUUCUCUUCCUCGGCCACGCCUCUGUCGGCCAUCUUGAAACUCUACCCGAACUCCAAACCCUAACGCCCGUAGUCCCAAAUGGGAUUACAAACGGCAACGAAGAACCACAAGAAGAUGACAUGGAAGUUGAGGACCAAACCGGCGAGACGAACGGCGGUCAUACCUCGGAAAGACAGCCUGCUCCUUUCCAUGCCACCAUCAAAGCUCUUGCAUCUCACGGAUACUUGAUGCGUGUUCGUGAUGCUCAUUUCCAGAGUCCCUCGGACAAUCUACUUGAAGCACAACGCACAGUGUCUUCCCGUUCAGAUAUCAAGGCGCUGAAGGGAAAGAGGCAGCAAGAAACGCUUGCGCUUGAGAUCCAGGAACUAAUACAUAAUCGGACCCAUGCCGAUCUUUCCCAAGAGCUUAUGGUUCAUGGCCUUCCUCGAGGGAUCAAAAGGAAGUUCCGACACAAUGCUUCGAGCUCUACAGAUGAGCAACGGUGGGAGAAUGGAGCCAAUGAGCAUCAAAUGACAAAUGAGGAAGAGAAUCACUGGUCAGAAGAUGAAGACGGUUUCGACAAUACCCCCAUGGAUUCCGGAUUGGUCGUGCGGGUUAACUAUGAAAAGUUGGAUGUGGCGCUACGCAACGCUAGGUUUGUCAGCCUUGCUGAGCAGGAUGCACCUCCGGCCACCGCAGAGGUAUAUGACUGUCUCCUUCGACAUAUUGAAUAUGCCACGCUUCGAUGCCGAGAUACCGAAGAAAUUCCACGUGAGUGUGAAGAAGGAGAGCAGUGGACUGUCCCCAUUGAUGCAGAAAAGAUACUAGGGGAUGUCGACCCUUAUCUGGAUCUGUCUGGAGCCUUUGCCCCGCUAGACUCAUCUUCACAGUCGGUAAAUCGAGGCGGAAAACGACCCUUGGAAAAUGGGGUCAACGGCGAUCAUGAGGGCUCUGACGACGAGUCCAGUGGUCCGAGUCGAGCUUGGGAGAUCAAUCAGCAUCUUCAACUUCUUGCACAGCCACCUCUCAAUCUCACAUCGUGUGUUGAGCUGUAUGGUGUCCCCAAGUGGCGGGUUGGGUUCCGUGGCUUGGCUCGCAAAUUACGACACUUGGAGCUUGAACGAAUGAUUGAAUCCAGGUACGGUGACGUUGCUAUUCGUGUGAUCCGUGUGCUGCAUGCCAAGGGCAAACUCGAUGAGAAGCGACUGCAGGAAAUUAGCCUGCUUCCAUUCAAGGAUCUGCGGCAAACCCUUUCUAGCAUGCAGUCUGGUGGGUUUGUGGAUUUGCAAGAGGUGCCCAAGGACGCACAACGUCAACCCUCCAAGACCAUUUUCCUGUGGUACUAUGACCCGGAUCGUGUCUGCAGCAGUAUUUUGGAGGAUACAUACAAGGCCAUGUCGCGGACCCUGCAGCGGAUCAAAGUCGAGAGAGCUCGACUCAAGGAUUUCCUCGAGAAGACCGAGCGUAGUGAUGUCAAGGGCCACGAGGAGGAGUACCUCACCGAAGAGGAGUUGGAACUUUUGCAACGCUGGAAAGACAAGGAAGCUCUCCUACUUGCUGAAGUGGCACGCUUGGAUGAUAUGGUGGCGGUGUUCCGCGAUUAUUGA